AGUACGUUGAAAUUAAGAAAGAGACAACCGGAAGUUUAAAGAGCAGCGUACAAACAAGUGCUCGAGCGGUGUCGUGAGAGUAUCCCUCAGUCAGAUUUCUUCCUCCACGUUAGGUUUCCAGCAAAAGCAACAAUGUCCGAAAGAAAAGUAUUGAAUAAAUACUACCCCCCGGAUUUCGAUCCAUCCAAAAUCCCAAAACUUAAACUCCCGAAAGAUCGUCAGUAUGUGGUCAGAUUGAUGGCUCCAUUCAAUAUGAGGUGUAAAACAUGUGGCGAGUACAUCUACAAGGGGAAGAAGUUCAAUGCACGUAAAGAGACUGUUCAGAAUGAGCUGUACAUGGGACUGCCCAUCUUCCGUUUCUACAUAAAAUGUACUCGGUGUCUUGCUGAGAUUACGUUUAAGACUGACCCAGAGAACACAGAUUAUGCAAUGGAGCAUGGUGCAACGAGAAACUUCCAAGCAGAGAAACUUAUUGAGGAAGAGGAGAAGAGAAUCCAACAGGAGAGGGAGGAAGAGGAACUGAACAAUCCCAUGAAGGUGUUGGAGAACCGCACAAAGGACUCCAAGAUGGAGAUGGAGGUUCUGGAGAACCUUCAGGAGCUGAAGGAGCUGAACCAGAGGCAUGUUCAGGUGGACUAUGAAGGAAUGAUCGACCGCUACAGAGAGCUGGAGAGGAUCGAGAGGGAAAGGGAGAAAGAAGAGGAUGAGCGCGAGACAAAAGAGAUGUUGGAUCGAGUCCUUGUGAAACGACUCAGAGACUCCGACUCUGACUCAGAGAAGGAAGAGGAGAAUAGCAGUUCGCAGUCAAGGAAGUCCAGCACAGACAAACCAACAGACAUCCUCACAACAGACAGACCCACUGAGGCACAGGGAAACUCAGCCGGAGGAGUGAAGAGGGCCAAGGUGGAGAGCUGGGAGAGGAGUGUGGGGACGUUGGGUGGUGGAGGAGCAUUAGGGUCCUUGGUUGUGCGAAAGAAAGCAGCGGCGCCUGUCAACAAAUCCGGUCCAAUGCAGACUGUUGCUGCUCCCACAUCCCAAACAGAUUCAAAGACAUCCACAGCAGACUCCAGGACCUCUGCCUCUGAGCCCAUUGUCCCACAAAAUGGUUCUUCAUCUCUCAGUCUGCUGGGUGCAUAUUCAGACAGUGACAGCGAAUGAAAAGAAGACGCUUGGGGUGGAUUCUGAUUUGAGCGACUGACACACAGUUGUAUAAGUGAUGAUACAAUGAUAUGAUUCUCGAAAUUGUGUGUGAGCCAGUUUGUGGACCUGUUGUUACUGCAGAUUUUAUCCUACAAAAAAAUUUUAAUGUUUGAAUUUUUGUGAGCUAAUUUUGCCCUGAGAAAAUAUCAGGUUUCCUAUUCUAUUAAAAUUUGUUUAAUUUUGUGUCCUUGACAUGUUUUGAAAUCUUUCAACACCUGUCUUCUAAUAUAGAUGUUAAUGUGGGACCAGAAUAUGUAGUUCUCACAUUUUAUGAAUUAAUGUACAUUAGAAAAACAAGAAUAUGAGCCAGUUUCAACUACAGACUUCUCAUUUCCCUUCAUGUUGUUGAGUUCAUGGUGUUGUUUGGGCAGUAAAUAUUCAUGGGUGAAUUUCAA